GUUAGAGGUCGCUGCUCAAGCAUAAGUUUUCUUAGGACCACUACCGAGAUGUUUGAUGUCAAGGCUUGGGCGGAAUAUGUAGUGGAAUGGGCUGCAAAGGACCCGUAUGGUUUCCUUACAACCGUUAUUUUGGCCCUUACUCCACUGUUCCUAGCAAGUGCGGUCUUGUCCUGGAAAUUGGCCAAGAUGAUUGAAGCCUGGGAGAAGGAACAAAAGAAGAAACAAAAACGUCAAGAAAAUAUUGCAAAAGCUAAACGACUGAAAAGAGAGUGAAGGGAUGAGCAGGCUCUGCAAGCAAAAAA